CUCCUCAGCCACAGCCUUCUUCCUUCUGCUGCCUCCUCUGAAUCCAGUUCACUGACCCCACGGAGAUGUCCUGCCAGCAGAACCAGCAGCAGUGCCAGCCCCCUCCCAAGUGCCCCUCCCCCAAGUGCCCACAGAAGAGCCCAGCACAGUGCCUGCCUGCUGCCUCCUCCUGCUCUGCUGCCGGCUCUGGGGGCUGCGGCGGCCUCAGCUCCAGCUCCGAGGGAGGCUGCUGCCUGAGCCACCACAGGCGCCGCAGGUCCCACAGGUGCAGGCUGCGGAGCUCGGACUCCUGUGAUGGUGACAGUGGGCGGCAGUGUGGGGGCUCUGGCUGUGGCCAGGCCUCUGGGGGCCACUGCUGACCUUAGCAGUGGUGUUGAGAAGUUUUAAAGGAAGAAGAAUUCAAGGACUGUUCCCAGCCUACUGCAUUUUUUCCAACUGCUUCAGUCUCUCUAGCACUGAGAUAUUUUUUGAGAAAGCUCUGAGUUCUCUCCAGUGGCUCGUCCUGCCUGCUUUCCAGGAGCCCACAGAAUACCAACCCUGGUAUCUGCCUACAAAAAGGGCUUGCAGUAUCUGUCUGGUUAGUGUCUGGGUCUGAUCCUACGAAAAAAUAAAGUUCUUGCUGACCUUUC